CUGAUGUCACCAUGCCCGUCUCUCUUAGUGUCUGGCGUGUCAGGAUAGGCACGUAUCUCGGGAGGUAUCGUCAUGACCCGAAGAAAGAAACUGAACAAUCAAACGAAAAUGACAAUGCCAAUAGCAAUAACCCAUCUUGCAAUGGUUCUUCAAAAGGUGAAAAUAGCCAAAAUGUCAACAAGUCUUCUCAACAAACCCCAUCUUCUGACGUUGUAGACCUGAAAAGAUCACAAACUGAAUCUCCAACUACUAACAUCGACAAUAGAAAAGUCGAUGUGUAUGGUCAGACUCUGUCGACUUCGGCUAUUCCUGGUUGUGCCGCCGUCAAUGGAUCAUCGUGUGAUAUCAAAUGUCCAGACAAAGAAUCCAAUCCUGUACCGGAUCCUUCUGACGCUAAACCUACCAACCCUUGUGACGAAGACGAGUUGGACAUGAGGUAUAUAACCACUCAUCACGCAUCACCUCAAAUUAGUAAACCAGACCAACCAGACUCCUUAUCGGAUUCAACCCCACAGUUGCAUGUAGCUACAGCCAUCACUGGUGAUCAGGAUGACAGCAAACAUGACGAAAGGGAGACAUCAAACCCUUUACCGUCGGGAACAGAUGACGAAUCUCCGCCUAGUUCUAUGAUAAAUCUACCAGGCAACGCUGAAAACAUAUCAUCUUGUACCAGGGUCGCAGAUUAUCAUGAAACACCAAUCUCUCCAGUCAGUAGACAUGACAGAUCGCCCCCAUCUCAUGGUGAUGCAAUCAAAAGGAGUUACUCUUCUCCUAUAACCAACGUGCUCCUACUGAGGUCUGGUGACGUGGAGUCUAACCCCGGUCCAAGUACCAAGAUUCUAACUGAGCAUGAGUUAAAUCUCCUUGCUGACGGUAUGGAUCCAUCAGACUUCAGGAAGGUCGGACUAGCUCUAGGAUUCACUGAGGCUCAGCUAAGUCGGUUUGAGAGAGAUAACACUAGCAACAUCAUGGGAGCUACGUAUAAGAUGCUUUGCGAAUGGCUGAAGAGAGUGCGAGAUGAUGAAGCGAGGGAGAAACUGUCCAACAAGUUAAAAGACAUCAAACUGGUACAGCUUGCCGACAGUUUACUGAACGGUCAGGUUGGCGAUCACAUACCAUCACUGACGGAAGAGGAAUUCCAGAAUGUCAUAAAAGCGGUCAAAGAAUAUUAUUUAAUUCACAACUGUCAGAUUCAAGCAGAUCCACUGAAGAGUGGCGUUUUAUUCAAGUUUGAUGAGAUCUUCACACACCUAAUGUUGAUGGAAGAAAAUAAGAGGACAACAAGUAAGGCACCGCUACUCUACGAUGACUUGCUCAAAACUAAAGUCAACGGAGUUCUUCCUAAACGGUUGCUGGUUGAAGGUGAAGGAGGUGUGGGGAAGACAACUCUCUGUGCAAAGAUCGUUUGGGACUGGAUUCAUGGAGCAGGCUACCAAGAGUUCAAACUGGUACUUCUCGUUCUUCUUCGUGACGUAAGUGAUAAGACUAUUGGAGAGAUAAUAAAGUCUUACCUCCCAGACGACAUUGAGAUUACAGCCAUGCGGCUAAACAAGCAUAUCUUCUCCCACCAGAAAGACGUCUUUCUUGUUCUGGACGGCCUAGACGAGUUAGCUGGUGAUCUAAACAACCCUCACCAGAUCGCUUUGAUCAUCUUAAAUCGGCUGUUCAAGUCAGGGAGAGUGCUAAUUACAUCAAGAGGAUGGAAAUCAGAUGAGAUACGGGAGAUUAGUGAGCUUAGAAAGCUCUAUGCUUUCAUUGCGGUCGAAGGUUUUUCUGCUAAUAAUCUGUCUGCCUACAUCACUAAGUUCUUCCAUCCAGACACAACUUCGGCUGAAGAUUUGAAUCGAUUCAUAUCAAACAACGAUGUGAUCAGAGAGAACAUGGCCCCAUUCCCAAUAUACACCGUAAUGCUGUGCAUCAUGUGGAAAGACUUUGACGGCGAACGGCGAAGGGCAAUGUCCAAGUUGCAAACGUUUUCCCAACUGUUUGAUGAGAUGAUCCACUUUUUAGUAGACCAUUAUCUUUCCAAGCUCGAUACGUCUGCAAUUGAUGUUGGUGGAAAAAUGGAUAGGAAACGGAAGGACAUUCUACGUCAUCUAUCCGAUAUCGGUUGUAUUGCCUUGCAGGGGCUUCAUGACAGAAAGCUAGUGUUCACUGAACAGGAGUUCCAUAGCUUACCGGGUUCUGUGGAUACAGGUUGCCAAGUUGGGGUACUCACGAAACAAACGCAAAGUCCUUCUCCGAGAGAGAGAAGACACCAUUCUCAUUCUGCAGUCUCAUCUGUCCAGUUCCCUCAUAAGCUAUUUCAGGAGUAUCUAGCAGGAAUGUAUCUGACAUCUCUUCACAAUUCAGGCAGAAGCGAGUACGACAGGUUGAUGAAGGAUAUAAUCGAAAAAGCAAGUGAAUUCCGUGAGCUUCUGUACUUCACCUCGGCCCAGAAGAAGGAGGUCGGAUUGGAUAUCGUGUCUCAUCUCAUAGCAUCAAGUGUUACUUCAACGUGGCAAAUGGGAUAUGGGUGUAUCAAUGAUGACUUCAUUGUUGAUGUAGCAUAUGAGAGUCAAGACCAAACAGUGGCUAAAGCUGUUGCAGAUCAUCUAUCGACUUCAUCCAGCAAGACACUUGAGAUCGUGGAGAAGAUACCGGCGCACACAGUAGCGGGACAUAUCUUCAUCAUGAAUCAUCGUAAAGUGGCAUGUGGAAAGACUGCUUCAGAGGACCUGGCUGACUUCAUGUGGUCCUCAUCCACUCUGAGAUCAGCAUGGAUCGCUAUCUCUGCAGGCGGAGUAGAGGAUAUGCAUGAAAAUUUAUCCGAGGUGCUUGCUGAUAACGCCACUCAUUUGAAGAUUGAGAAUCUUAACAUAAAGUACAUUGAUCUCAGUAAACGUCAGUCUGCAUCACGUGAUCUCGCUCAGUUCAUUUGUAAGAUGCCUCAUCUCAGGGUACUUUGGCUCGAUGAUGAAUAUGGAAACGCCCGUCCCUCACUUCAUGAAGAGUUCUAUUCAACGUUAUCAUACUUAGCAUCAUCCGCAAAGAUUGAGCGUCUUAAAAUCAUACGUGUUGAUCUCAGUCAACGUCUGUCUGCAUCACAUGAUCUCGCUCAGUUCAUUUGUAAGAUGCCUAAUAUCAGGUCACUUUGUCUCGGUGGUGAAUAUCGAACCACCAGUCCCUCACUUAACGGAGAGUUCUAUUCAACGUUAUCAUCCUUAGCAUCAUCCGCAAAGAUAGAGCGUAUUGAGAUCGAGUACAUUGAUCUCAGUCAACGUCCGUCUGCAUCACGUGAUCUGGCUCAGUUCGUUUGUAAGAUGCUUAAUCUGAGGGAACUUCGUCUCGGUGAUGAAUAUGGAACCACCAGUCCCUCACUUCAUGAAGAGUUCUAUUCAACGUUAUCAUCCUUAGCACCAUCAGCAAAGAUUGAGCGUCUUGAUAUCAAGGACAUUGAUCUCAGUCAACGUCUGUUUGCAUCACGUGAUCUCGCUCAGUUCAUUUGUAAGAUGCCUUAUCUCAGGGGAUUUUGUCUCGGUAAUGAAAAUGGAAUCACCAGUCCCUCACUUCAUGAAGAGUUCUGUUCAACGUUAUCAUCCUUAGCACCAUCAGCAAAGAUUGAGCGUCUUGAUAUCAUUUGUCUUUAUCUCUGUCAACGUCUGUCUGCAUCACGUGAUCUCGCUCAGUUCAUUUGUAAGAUGCCUAAUCUCAGGGAACUUCAUCUUGGUGAUGAAAGUGGAUCCACCAGUCACUCACUUCAUGAAGAGUUCUAUUCAACGUUAUCAUCCCUAGCAUUAUCCGCAAAGAUUGAGAUUCUUCAUCUCAGUGAGAAUCUCAGUCAACGUCCGUCUGCAUCACGUGAUCUCGCUCAGUUCAUCUGUAAGAUGAAUCAUCUGAAGAACCUCAUACUCUCCGGUCAGUAUCAUGAUGACUUCUACUCAACAUCAUUGUCGAUAUCAUCAACUGCGAAGAUUGAGAUUAUUUAUCUCAGAGAGAAUCUCAGUCAACGUUCGUCUGCAUCACGUGAUCUUGCUCAGUUCAUCUGUAAGAUGAAUCAUCUGAAGAACCUCAUACUCUCCGGUCAGUAUCAUGAUGACUUCUACUCAACAUCAUUGUCGAUGGCAUCAACUGCGAAGAUUGAGAUUCUUCAACUCGGUGAGAAUCUCAGUAAACGUCCGUCUGCAUCACGUGAUCUCGCUCACUUCGUCUGUAAGAUGAAUCAUCUGAAGAACCUCACACUCUCCGGUCAGUAUCAUGAUGACUUCUACUCAACAUCAUCGUCGAUGGCAUCAACUGCAAAGAUUGAGAUUCUUCAUCUCAGUGAGAAUCUCAGUCAACGUCCGUCUGCAUCACGUGAUCUUGCUCAGUUCAUCUGUAAGAUGAAUCAUCUGAAGAACCUCACACUCUCCGGUCAGUAUCAUGAUGACUUCUACUCAACAUCAUCGUCGAUGGCAUCCACUGCGAAGAUUGAGAUUCUUCAUCUCAGUGAGGAUCUCAGUGAACGUCCGUCUGCAUCACGUGAUCUCGCUCAGUUCAUCUGUAAGAUGAAUCAUCUGAAGAACCUCACACUCUACGGUCAGUAUCAUGAUGACUUCUACUCAACAUCAUCGUCGAUGGCAUCAAUUGCAAAGAUUGAGAUUCUUCUUCUCAGUGAGAAUUUCAGUCAACGUCCGUCUGCAUCACGUGAUCUCGCUCAGUUCAUCUGUAAGAUGAAUCAUCUGAAGAACCUCACACUCUUCGGUCAGUAUCAUGAUGACUUCUACUCAACAUCAUUGUCGAUGGCAUCAACUGCGAAGAUUGAGAUUCUUCAUCUCAGUGAGGAUCUCAGUGAACGUCCGUCUGCAUCACGUGAUCUCGAUCACUUCGUCUGUAAGAUGAAUCAUCUGAAGAACCUCACACUCUACGGUCAGUAUCAUGAUGACUUCUACUCAACAUCAUUGUCGAUGGCAUCAACUGCAAAGAUUGAGACUCUUCAUCUCAUUGAGAUUCUCAGUGAACGUCCGUCUGCAUCACGUGAUCUCGCUCAGUUCAUCUGUAAGAUGAAUAAUCUGAAGAACCUCACACUCGAUGGUUGGUAUCAUGAUGACUUCUACUCAACAUCAUUAUCGAUGGCAUCAACUGCAAAGCAAAUAGACACUCUUGUUAUCUAUGCUGAUCCCAGUGAACGUCCGUCUGCAUUACGUCACCUCGCUCAGUUCCUUUGUAGACGUUGUAAGAUGAAUCAGCAUCACGAUGACUUCUACUCUUCAUCAUCAUCGAUGGCCUCGACUGCAAAGGAUGAAUGCAACACGAGUUCGACUGUGACGGAUCUGACAGUUUUGAACAGGACAUUAGAAGUAUGGCAGGAUUGUGGAUCGAUGUUUGACAGUGUGAUGAGGAUCACCAUACAGGUAUCGGACAGGAUCAGAUGUGACGUCAUCCACAGGAUCCAUCUACCAGCAGCGACAGAGCUCGCCAUUCAAACGCAUGAGUAUGCUGGUUACCCGGCUUCUCUCUACGGUGAUCCUACCUCACUACUUAAUGCUCUUCACAAGGUCUCAUCUCAGCUCGCCAAGGUCACAUUCAGAGAUCUCAACAUCGGUAACGACAAGACUCAACGCAUCAUUCAAGCUUUCAGAUCAACACACGAUCUCAAACAUCUGAGGAUCCUGGGGUUCAUAAGAUGUGGGACUGAUGAGAUAUUAGAUCGUUAUAUUAUUGAUUCCGAUGAUGAACAUAAGAUCACUGUGGAGAUAGUACAUGGCAAACCAGUGGGUGAGUAAUUUCGAAGAUGAAAUUGUGGCAUCAAGAUCAUGAAGAAUCAGCCGAUCCUAGCAUUGGCAGCCAAGAUGAAACACAGGGGUCUUUCGCUUCGGUUACCGUACAGUAUAUGGAAUAGUUUUAGAGGUAGAGAGAUACUCCCGCUCUCGAUCAGUAGUCUGCCAUUGUCAUGACCUACCAUGACGUCAUGACCUACCAUGACGUCAUGACAUACCAUGGCGUCAUGACCUACCAUGGCGUAAUGACCGACAUGCAUGGGCAUUAAAAAAUGAGAAUAGAUUAACACAAAUGAUAUCCUUCUGUGGUCUCCGUAGACUCUGUCUUGAGAAAUUUAGGACAAUCAUGUUUGGAGCCAGUACAUGCAGUUCUAAAACAUUUGCUCCGGCGACAUGCUCCGAUGCGGCAAAAUCUGCACGUUAGGCCUUACGCCAUACAUGAAACACAACCUGCAAGUUUUAAAGCCCUCAUCCUUAUCUUUUCAUUAGUUUGAACCAAAAACUAUUAUAAAAUCCUUCUCUAACCCUAUGCCCUCUGAUAUAAUAAGACCAGAGUAAAUGUCGCAUGCAGGAGCAAAUGUUUUUACCCGUUUAUUAAAGCGAUCCGUCGAUUUUUUUUCUUAUAGCCAUAGUUUGAUAAUGGGAUAGGUCAUGCACUGGACAAGAUGCUCCACGGUAAACGGUCCUGUGCAGAGAGUAUGAGCUAAAGUCCGCCCCAACGAAAAAGGACAUAUCAAUGAGAAAAAAAACAAAAAAACAAUAAGACGCUGAAAAUUCGUGUAAACUGUGAUAUGAAAGAAAACAUUUGACAUUUCAAAGUUUUUGUUUCAUUUCAUUCAUUUUUUAUUUCCAACAUAUUAUAUUUUUCUUCGUACAAUAUUACAUAGUAUACAGGCAAUGAAACAUAGCAUUUUUCUCGUACAAAAAUUAUAGUUACGAUAAUAAUACUAGCAGGUUUGAAAUGGAGGAGGCUGCUAAAAAGAAUAGCUUGUUGGGUGCAGCCUCCUCGUAAAAAAUGUUCUUAUAUAUAAUAUAUACCAAAACAAAAUACACACAAAACGACAACUUGAGCAUUAUUUUCACUUAUUGCCCCGAAGCUCAUGAAUAAUCUCCCCAUUAAUGUACGUGAGGCUUCAUCUAUUAAAACUGUUUAAGUCCCUCCUAAAACCCCCCUCUUUUAAUUAAGUUUCACUUGCCUAUUGUUCGCUUCUAUCGUGUUCUGUAUGAAAUUAUCCCCCUCAGUUAAUUUGCAUUAUCAUAUUGUGUUCAGAUUGGUUUCAUUCUGAUUGUAAGCUUAUAUAUAUUAGGAUCAUUUACAUACAUGAUUAUCGACCCGUUAUAUUUAAGCUGUAUAUUCACCGAAUAUCUCUUUAUAUAUGUUGCAUGAAGAGUUUAAAUAAUUAAAAAACACAAUCAGGAAAAAGAAAAGCUUUGUUGCCUACAAAUGGUAUGAAAGUAAAAAGUAAUGACACAAAAGAAAUCAAGAUAACCAUUUAUGUCAGUACAGGGCAGUCCCAUGAAUGUGAAGUACAUGGCAUACCUUAAACAGGCGUGCAGGAAACCAUGGGUUAUCAGUCACAAAUGGAUCGCAAUUAAAGUCGGAGUAAAAAGGAAUGAUGUUCAACAUGUUAAACAAUUUUUACAAACCUCACAAUGUUGCUGGUUGCUGUAUAAGUAUCGAAUCUUACAGUAUCGGGUGUAAAUUGUAAAAAUGGUGGUACGUGUAUAUACUAAUGAGCACUAUGUUGCUUGAACGUAACUCUGUGUAUUUUUUUUUCCAUUGCUGUAAUUGUUCUUAUAUUUGGAGUACGCCUAACAAGCGCACGUGAUAUGAUGUUGUAUAUACAUUUGUAUGUCUAUGGCAAGACACAAAAAAAUACAUAAUUACGUAAUCACUAUAACCUUAAUAUUGUACUUUCAUAAAGUUUGUAUAUAGGAUAAGAUCAGACUGUUGUACUUUUGUAAAUGUUACCAUUCAUGCAUUUUAUGUUUUUUUUUUAUAAUUAUGUUUCAUUGCUAUAUGCCUGGAGUAGGUCCACAUGAGCUCAUUGUAUAAUGUGAUGUAUAUGUUUGUAUGUUUACCGCAAGAAAGGGACAUUAUGUAAUCUAUGAAACCCUACAAUGUAAUAUCAUAAAGUUUGUAUACAGUUGCUCAUAAAGUUUUAUAAGAUUCUGGCUGUUCACUUAUUAUCAAAUAUUGAUCAUCAGCAAGUAAUCAUUGAAGGUCAUGGAUUUGAGAAAUGAUAUCAGACUGUUUCACUGUUGUAAAUUUUACCAUUCUGAGGCCCAGUUUCGAGGUUAAGUUUAUAGUUUGAAUACUCGAGUUCUAACCAAGAAACAAAAUCUAUUGGUGUUGAUGCAACAUGCUGCAUAGAAAUGCCAUCAAUACAUUUAUGUUAUUAUGGUCAAAUCUGUACAUACUCUAUUUUCCAUCAGUUAUACAUGUAUUUUCUUUAAGGGUAAAGGAAAAGACGAAGAAGGAAUGUUCUACAUUAUCACUAGCUGCUGCAAGAUUAGCGUGUUUGUGAUGGGAGCUACAUGACAAGACUAAUGCUAAUCGAUGAUUACCAUUUUCGGGCUAGCUGUUGGCAAUUUGUUACCGAAGGAAAUUAACGCCUGGAGUAGCUACGACCCUCUAAUUGAAGCGGACGAUAUCAGAACCCCUACUUUUCUCUCCGUUAUCAUUCAUUUUUAAGGCGUUAUUUAGAUUCUGAUAAAUUUGGGGGAUAUGCGAUUACGGAUAGAGUUAUUACCAUUUAGAAACUAUUUUUGUUAUAAUUAGUUUGAAGUACAAUUCAUAAUUAUAUAUCGCUGGAAGUGGGAAUAAUGGCUUCGUGCCACAAUUAUUUUUAUUCCUGCCAUUCGAGUGUUAUUUUCUACACCAUUUUUUACUUCGUUAAUUAUUAUAUAUUCAUUGCAUACUCUUCAUAUUAUAAAUAAAGAAUAGAAAACGG